AUGAUCGCCAAGUCGUGCCUGACUGAGAUCGACCACGUGGUGUCGCAGUGGCACCCCGACUGGCCCUUUGCCUACGACGAGCAGUUGCGGAAGCUCAUGGUUGUCUUGGCUGUGCAGAGCCAGCUGACGGCCUACGUGUGGUACAUGUAUGUGUGUGUCAAGGAGAAGGAGAGGGAGAGGCAGGCGGCGGCCAGGGGGCGGCCCGUGACGUGCAGGAAGCCGGUGGAGGUGACGCUGCCCGACCGAUCCACCGCUGUGUGGAGGAACGCAGACCUGUCAACUGAGGAAGCUGAGGAAGCUGAGGAGUCGGCCAAACAGAUAUUCAAAGCUGCUCUUGACCUGGUCAGUCAGCACAGACAGCAUUCACCAGCUGAGGUCACGUUGACAUGGAUUCACAUACUGCGUGUGGGUCGUUUCAGUUGGGUCGCGUCCUUCGGCGUCUGUCCGCACAGCCUUCCUUCCGACUCCUUCGCAGCGGCACAUUCGACGCUCUGCCGUCGCAGCGGACGGCCUGGCUGCCCUGCCGCUGGCCAACAAGGAAGAGACGCUGCUCAAGACGCUGCUGGCGGGCCGGUUGACGCUCACCAGCCGCAUCAACGCCAUGGCGCAUGUAGACGUUCCCACGGCACACUACGACUACGACGGUCUUCUCACUCCUUCAGAGGCGACGCCGAGGUGCUGUGAUGUGCCGAUUUCAUCCCCAUGA